UCCUGCCGAGAUGUCCUGCCAGCAGAGCCAGAAGCAGUGCCAGCCUCCUCCCAAGUGCCCCUCCCCAAAGUGCUCCCCAAAGUGCCCCCCAAAGAGCACAGCACAGUGUCUGCCUGCAGCCUCUUCCUGCUGUGCUACAAGCUCUGGGGGCUGCAGUGUCCCCAGCUCUGAGGGAGGCUGCUGCCUGAGCCACCACAGGCGCAGGUCCCACAGAUGCAGGCGCAGGAGCUCCAGUUCCUGUGACCGUGGCAGUGGUCAGCAGUCUGGGGGCUCAGGCUGUGGCCACAGCUCUGGGGGCUGCUGCUGACCUGGAGCAUGAUGCUGAGACAAGAGAGUCUGGAGGAAACAAGCAUCCCAGGAGCAAAGGAUUGCCUGUCUGGUCAAGUCUGACCCUGGACACCCUUCUCUGCCUGUCUGAUGCCCAAUGCCCUUGUUCCCAAGCUUCCUGUGGAAUGUCAUUGCCCCUCCCUGAUCUGUCCAAGAAUAAAGCUUCUAUCCCCA